AUAAUCUAUCCUACAGAAAGAUCGCCACGCAAUCGCAUACAUAUUCAAGCAACAAUUACAUGUAUGACGCUAGCACAGCUGUUGACGGCAACAUAGCAACAUGUAUGAGGACGCUAGAUAUAGGACGUACCUCUCCUCAAAAAACGGUGUGGUGGAAGGUGGAUCUUGGUGGAGUGUACACAAUUAACAGUAUCAAUAUACAGUUCAGGGCGUAUAAUGGUUACGAAGACAGACAGCGAGGCCGUUUAGCAGGAUUCUCUCUAUAUAUGUCAAACAGCAGUGUAUCAACCAAUACUGAUAUAAAGAGUGCCGCUAUGUGUUAUAAGGACGGACCUCACUUACCGGCUAUCAACUUCACCACAACAUGUAUUAAGGAAGGACGUUAUGUCAUAUUUUAUAAUGAAAGACUUAAUGAAGUGACUUACCCUAAAGGUUACGAAAUAUCUAACGAUUUUACGGAACUGUGUGAAGUAAUCGUAAAAGGGCGCAAUACUACCUGUAUAUAUGGAAGUAACUGUGACAUCCCCUGUCCUGUUUCAUGUAAAGACAACGUUUGCCAAGAACAGAAUGGCAGUUGUUAUGACUGUAAACCGGGAUGGCUGGGAUCUUUUUGUAACACAACUUGCGGAACAGGAUGGUAUGGUGUAAACUGUUCUCAACCGUGUGUAGGACAUUGUAGAGAUGGCAUUACCUGUAACCACGUGACUGGUCUGUGUGACAGAGGAUGUGAUGCAGGAUGGACAGGAUACAUGUGUAAUAAGGAGUGCAAUAGAGGGACCUUUGGUUAUGAUUGUGUCAACACCUGCCAUUGUCUGAACAUAUCUUCCUGUGAUAAAAGAACAGGAACAUGCGACGGAGGGUGUACCCCUGGAUAUAUCAACAACAACUGUAGCACAAACUGUCCAUAUAAGUAUUUCGGGAUGAACUGCACAGAGCGUUGUAGUGGACAUUGUAUUAAUAACAAGACAUGUGACCAUGUUAGUGGGGAGUGUUCGGAUGGUUGUCUGGACGGAUACAUUGGAAUAUUUUGUAAUGAAACGUGCAUUGACGGAUAUUACGGACCAGACUGUUCCAAAAAAUGCCAGUCAAACUGUAGAACUUGUCGACACACAGACGGAAUGUGUACUUGUGGUGCAGGUUGGAUAGGUCCUAAGUGUAACACAGAGUGUGUUUGGUCGUUUGGCGAGGACUGUCAGUAUCCAUGCAAUAGACACUGCCUCAACCAGACGUGUGACAGAUUUAAUGGAAGUUGUUUGUAUGGUUUUAGUGAUGAAUACAUGUUUUGUGAAUUAGACACAGAUGACAUACAGAUGGCGAACACACCAUUGUUGGUUGGGAUCUCAGUAUCAAUUUUAGUCAACGUGAUUGUCAUAAGUGUAAAGCUACUCCGCCAAAGGAAAACCUCCUCUAAGCAGAAACAUAGGAUGUGUAUUAUCAAAACGUGUUGGACAACUGAUUCUGAACAGACCAAUACCAGGUAUGAUGACCCUUAUCAAGAGCUUGAAGAGAGAAAGAAGGAGAACCUUUAUCAAAAUUUAACACUACAAUAACUUUGCUUUGUAUUUGUUGUCAUUAUGUUAGUAUUUAUCGGUUAAGAAAGAUGUAGAUACUGUAGAUCAGAGAAAUAAAAUACAUUUGUCUUCACUUACCCUUUA